AUGCGCUUCGCCAUAGUGGUACUCACAGAUCUAAACAUGAGCAGCGUGGCAGUGAUAGCCCGCCAGACUGAGGCAGAGGUCGAGCACAAGUGGAACGAGAUGGCAAUCAUACCAUUCAAUUCACCCAUUAUUGAAAUCCUACCCAUGUGCCAGAGGCUGGAGAUUAAGGACGGGAAAGAAGAUUGGACUGGCAAAUCAAGCACUUCGGAAAGAAGAAAGCUACAGAAUCGAUUGAACCAAAGAGCAUAUCGGCGAAGAAAGCUUGGGGAGAAAUUUCAGAAAGAAACCCCACCCACAGACUGUGUAGCAAUCAUCCAACGAGCAACCGAGCUCCAACAUGAGCGAUAUCUCGGUGUCCCUCUCCAGCGCCCCUCAUCAUCAGGCAGCCUCCACAUGUGCAUGAACCCGUUCAAACGACGGCAUGUGGUCUCUGCUCCCAACUUCGAGUCGUUUAUCAAAAUGCCACUUCCAUUGGACCAGAAACUUUUGACUUUACUGCAUUUCAACCUCGUGCGCGCACUGACACAAAAUGUAUUCAUCUUGAGUCUCAACCCAGAUGAUAUGAACUCAGAUCUAGAGUCUCCCUUUACCUUUACUGAAUCAAGACUCGGGUUUGAGGCCUUGCCUGAAACGCUUCGGCCAACGGAGCUGCAAAAGACCAUCCCCCACCACGCUGAACUUGAUGUGUUUCCGUUCCCGAAGUGGAGGGAUAAUAUGCUUCGACAAGGGUGGACGCACCCCAAGUAUGACUACUGCAUGGAUAUGCUGUAUGGCGUAGAAUCGAAUGUGAUUAGCAGGGAUAGCGGGUUGAAUGGGAGGACUGGCUUAAUUGCGUGGGGGGAGCCGUGGCUGCAAGAGAAUUGGGAGGUUGAGGAGGGGUUUGCGAGGAAAUAUAGGGAUUUAUUUGAUGGUUGUGAGGAGUUGCUUGAGAGUACGAAUCAUUGGAGGGCAAGUAGAGGGGAGGGGCCGUUGGCUCUGGAGGUGGAAGAGGAUCGUUAG